AUGGAGCUCUGGUCCACCACACUGGGAAGCAGCUUUAUUUUGGAGGGUAUUCUGAAUGACAGCAGGUUUCCUGAACUGCUCUGGGCCACAAUCACAGUCCUGUACAUGGUGGCCCUGACCAGCAAUGGGCUUUUGCUCCUGCUCAUCACAAUGGAUGUGAGGCUCCACGUGCCCAUGUGCCUCCUGCUUAGGCAGCUCUCUCUCAUUGACUUUCUUUUCACAACAGUUGUCAUGCUCAGGGCCAUCAUAGAUUUUCUACUUGGGGAUAACUCCAACUCACUUGGCUGUGCCCUUCAGAUAUUCCUGGAACUGACACUUGGUGGAGGAGAAGACCUGCUUCUAGCCUUUAUGGCCGAUGACAGGUAUGUGGCCAUUUGCCAUCUUCGCCAGUACAUGAUCUUCAUGAGACCAAAGAUCUGCUGGUUCAUGGUGACCACAUCUUGGAUCCUGGCACUUCCAACUGCUCUAGAACAUACCAUUUAUACCAUGCAUUUUCCUUUCUGCAUGUCCUUGGAAAUCAGACACCUGCUCUGUGAGAUCUCCCCUCGGCUGAAGUUGGCCUGUGCAGACACCUCCACUUAUGAACUCUUGUUGUCAUUUUAA